AUCUGUCUCUCAAAAACUUGAAUUGUCCACACACACACACACAAAAAAAAAAAAAAAAAAAAAAAAAAGAAGGAGAGGUCUUUCACUAAUGGGAUCAGCCAGUGAACAAUGCAACCGAAGCCUAAGUAGGGGAAAAAUCAAUCCAUCUUCGUCGUUGUCCUUCCGGCUUCGAUGCCCCAGCCUCAAUUCUCUUCGUCUUCGCCGAAUUUUCGACGUCUUCGACAAGAAUCAUGAUAGCAUGAUCACCGUAGACGAACUGGACCAGGCGCUGAGCCUACUCGGACUGGACACAGAUAGAUCUGAGCUAGAAUCGAUGGUUAAAUCAUACAUGAAGCCGGGGAAUGGCGGCCUCAGAUUCGAAGACUUUGAGGCUCUACAUCGAUCGCUCAACAAUGCUUUCUUCGGAUCAACGUUGGAAGAUGAGUUCGCCGCGGAUAACAGAAGUUGCAAAAGUAGUGCAGUGGAGGAUGAAGCGGAUCUGACGGAGGCAUUCAAGGUAUUCGAUGAGGACGGAGACGGUUACAUAUCAGCGAGGGAAUUGCAGGUGGUACUAGGGAAGCUGGGAUUGCAGGAAGCCAUGGAACUUGACCGAGUUGAGAUGAUGAUUUCAUCUGUCGACCAAAAUCACGACGGCCGUGUUGAUUUCUUCGAGUUCAAGGAUAUGAUGCGUAGUGUUACCGUUCGCAAUUCUUAGUUUCUCUUCUCUCGUGUUUUCUUUUUCUUUUGCUCCUCUCUGCAUGAGUGGAGACUGACCGGCUACCCCGGCCAGUCGGAGUGUGGCUAUUGGUUGUAAACUUUGGUUUACUAUUGCCCUUUCGUUUUCCCUUUUUGUGCGUGUAUUACUCAUCGUAACCGGAAGGUGAAAAGUACACUCUCUCUAUAUAUAUACUAGUUAUCCUGAAUCACGUAGUACAUAACAAAUAAUCAAUUGUUCAUGUACUAAAACUAAAAAAGAUUAAAUAUUUAACCUAUUUGUACUUCUUUCAA